GCCCAUGGUUUUAUGAAAUUUGCUUAUGGGCUUGGGCAUCUCCCGAAUCCUUUGAGCCUGUUUGGCCAGUUUUCUCAAUUUUUUUAGAAAAAAAUAAAUUUAAAAAAAUGUUUGAUAACACUAAAUAAUUUUUUUUAUUAUUAGGGGUUUUCUAAAAUAUAAUUAUAUAAAUAUGAGAAUAAUUAAAAAUAAAAUAUUAAAGAUAAAAAAUAUUUUUAAAUAUUAAAAAAUGGAUUAAAAAUAUUUUUUAUUUCAAAUAAAUUUAUAAAAAAAAUUGUUAAGAAAUUCCAUAAUUUGAGAGUUGGAGACCCACAGCGUGGGAAAAAGAAAAAUAAAAGAUGGGUUAUUAGUUAUUAACGACCAUUAGGGGAUUUCGUCAUUCAGAUAGUUGGGCUCCUGUCAGGCUGUAAACGCCCAAAUUGACAAAGAAGAGAGAGAGACGUACACAGAGAAAUGGGUGGAGCUGGGCAGGUGAUGAAGAGAAUCCCACGCAUUAAAUUCCCACAAAGACACCCUAAAUCCUCAGCCUCAGCUAUGCCAACAAAUGAGGAUGCUCAUCUAAUAUUCACUUCAACGUCAGAGGUUCCAGCCCCACCCAUCAACACUGCCAUGGGAGGGAAAGCUUCUCUUCAACCCAAACGGACACCUGUUUCAGACAGAGAGAUAGAGGCCAUUCUGCUGGGUGCUCCUGAUCUUGGCUGAAGUUGAAGCACAAUGUAGUUUUGAAUUUCCAUAUCAUUUUUCCCCCUUAACUCCUGGAAUAAGAAACUGUGUUUUCUCAGGAAACUCAUGAUAAAACAUGUCUAGCGAAAGAAAGACGACCUUUGGUCACCUGACCAGGGCAUUGUAAUUUUUUGUUCAAGAAUCAAUUUCCCUGGAUGUAAUUGUUUUCUGCAUUAAGCAGCUAAAAAUCAAGGGGGCCUUUUCUUGUGGGUAACUUGAUACAGUUUCUUCUGCUUUGAAUUUGCGAUCUGGGUUUUGCUAUGUUGCCAUUAUACUGUCUUUGGUGAAAUAUUAUUGCUGGUUCAUGUUGGUUCUUGA